UGUGCUCGAGAGGCAGAUAUUUGACUUCCUUGGUUAUCAGUGGGCACCUAUCCUGGCAAAUUUUAUACAUAUUAUUGUAGUCAUACUUGGCUUAUUUGGAACCAUCCAGUAUAGACCUCGUUACAUAACAGGAUAUGCUGGCUGGCUGGUUCUUUGGGUUACGUGGAACGUCUUUGUUAUCUGCUUCUAUUUGGAGGCUGGGGACCUUUCGAAGGAAACAGACCUCAUUCUGACCUUUAAUAUCUCAAUGCAUCGUUCUUGGUGGAUGGAGAAUGGGCCAGGCUGCACCGUGACCUCAGUAACCCCAGCACCAGACUGGGCACCGGAGGAUCAUCGUUAUAUCACUGUCUCGGGGUGUUUUCUUGAAUAUCAGUACAUAGAGGUGGCUCACAGUUCUCUUCAGAUCUUCCUUGCACUGGCAGGCUUCAUCUAUGCCUGUUAUGUUGUGAAGUGUAUUACUGAAGAAGAGGACAGCUUUGACUUCAUAGGUGGAUUUGACUCUUACGGCUAUCAAGGUCCACAGAAGACAUCUCAUUUACAACUACAGCCCAUGUAUAUGUCAAAGUAAACAUGGGGAGUACCCAAGGUGGGCUGGAAGACCACUGUCAAAGAAACUGUUUCAGAAUGGCCUCCUGAUUCUUCAAAGAGAAAAAAAUCCAAUUUUUCUGCUAAAAGAAAAAUAUAAAAGCUGGUUGAACAGUGAGACAGAAAACAAGAGACUUUCAGCCCCUCUUUCUAACAGGUACUAAAGGAGAUGUCCCAGCCCCCCACCUUGGACCUCCUGCCUCCCAGCACCAGAGGACAGAGCAGAGGCAUUGGUGCCAUCUUUUAUCUCUUCCCUACCCCGGCCACCGCCAGCGUGACCCAUCUGGAUUAAGACAUGAACUCGGUGCUUUUGGAGCCUCCUUCAUACUUCUGGCUGCAUCAAGUCUCCUUAGUCAACACGACACUGAAAUACCAGGAUGACCUUGCAGCAGAAGUUGAUAGACAGCGCAUUGUUUGCCCUGAAGGCUGUACAGUUCAUACUUGCCUUAACCCAACUGCAUUGCACACUAGAGAAACUACGUGCAAGCUUUCUGAAGUUAACAUGCUGCUGUUAAUUCUGAACAAUUUCUAAGUCAGUGGUUUUCUUCUGUUUGGUUUUGCUUUGUUUUCGUGUCAGGGAAUAAGGCUCUGUUGCUCCAUGGCUCCAGAGCGACCAAGUAGAAAACUGCCAGCUGUCUGAUAAGUGCUUUACUUUUGAGACUCCACAGUGGUCAAGAAACAGUUUAUAAUGAUUAAAAAGAAAAAGAAAGAAAGAAAUAAGACCUUUGGGGGGUCAGGGUGAGGAAAGGGGUAACAUAAACUAAUAAUUGAACCUACUGGAUAUACGCAGCAGAAAUAGUUCUUUAAUCCCACUGGUUUUAUUUAUUGCACUGUAGGUGCUUUUAUAGCUAUCUCUAAACGUCUUUUACUAACUACAGAGACAUCUGCAGAUUUCUAUCAACAAAGGCCAACUGAAUAUGUACUAGCUAUGUUUAGUCUUUUAUAUCUAAUUUCAACUAAAAAUUCUCUGUAAGUGAGCUUUUUUUUUCCUAAUUGUACCAUAAGGGAUCCACAUAUUUUAUUUUUUGAUUUCAGUUGGAAAGGGUGGGGAGGCACUAGUUGAAUUGAAGAAAUAUUGAAGACCUUUGUAGGGUAUAUUUGGGGGAUUUGUUCUGUGUUAGAAUGUGUAUUUUAUCUUCCUGUAUUAUUGUGGCUGAAAAAAAAAAACUGUGCUGUUACGUAGUUGGCAACAAGAUGCCUUUGGGAAUUUUGCUAGUAGGUCAAUGUGUAUAUGAAAUACUCUGAACUCCUAGGAACAUAUGUUUUAUUCUACAUCUGAUCUGUAUUUUCAAGAACAUAGGUGGCUUUCACUAGGAAAACCCAAUACUUUGCUCAGGUUUUUCAGAAACUUGGAUUGUCAUUGUUUCUUUGCUCAGACCUUGCAUAGACAAACGCACGCACCUACCACACAUGAGGUGACCACGUAGGUUUUGAGGGCAAGAGGAAAGGUCAACACUUGGAAAAGCUUGAGGUACACCUGAGCAACUCCCUUUUCCUUGCUGGCCAAGGCCUUGCUCCAAAGGCCUGUGCGCUCACACCACUCACUCAUCUCUGUACAAACCAGUGCCCUUUGCUGUGUCUGCAUGGACGUACAGUGUCACAAGCAGCAACUCUGGACAAUGACAGAGGGACAGUGAAAGCAAGAUAUGGGACAUGUUCAGGAGCUAUGCUUACAUUGAUUCAGUGAGAUUUAUAUAGAUAGAUAUAUAUAUAUAUGUAAGUGUGUGAAUGUGUGUGUAUGUCUAUGUAUAUAAAAUACACAGGAAUAAUUAUUGUUGGGGGCUGCAUCACCCAGGAAGAUUCUGAUGCAGUGGACCAAGGGCUCCUGUCUCAGAUACUGCUGGGAAUUUCCUGCAUGAAACAGGCACGUACCCUAGGCCUGAUCCCAUAAAGCAUUCACUGCUGAUUUGGAUCUCAAAUUUAAAUUUUCAUACUUGGGGACCUAAAAUUCUAAGUUCAUUCUGGAUAGAGCUGCUUUUCACCCCCUGGAAACCCCAUGCAACUUCCGAGUGCCAGGAUGAAAUUUCCCAUAACUUGAAAAAUUUCAAAAGUUUCUACUUUUCUGUAGUAUUAAAUAUAGCAGAUGUAUAGAAUUAAACAUAACAUAGAGGUUUAAAUGGAAUGAAAAUGUCAUAACAGGUUCUUUUAUCUUUCCCUGUAUACCAGUUAAUCAAGAUGAUAUUUCUAUAAAAAUCACUUUUUAACAUGAAAAGAAACCAGUUUAGGCACCUAAGCAGCAAUCCAAUUUUCAGACGAUAAUUUUUCAUACCUCUCAGUGAUUUCCCAUGGAACAGCAGCUACUGUUAGUUAGCAAUUUUAGAAGCCAGACAAUUUAAUGAAGUGUCUACAUGUAGUUUAUAGGCCUAAUUUUAAUUUGGAAAGUUUUGGCCUUAGUUUCUCUGUGUCUUAGUCUUCCCAUCUAUAAUACGGGAAUAAUAUGUGCCUCACAGGCUUUUUGUGAGGUCUGAAUUGUUAGUGUUUGUAAAAUGCUUAGGAAAUAGGAAGCACAUCUAAACUACUACAGACUGCAAUAUAAAUGUGUAUUCAUAUAUUACAUAUAGAGUAGAUACACACACUCGCUUACACACAGUAUACAUAUAUAUAUACGCAUACUUACCUAUAUGAAGUUGGUAUUCAUAACCCUGCUUAAAUUGCAGUUGGAGCACCACCAUUUAAAAAAUUAGGACUGUUGACUACUCAGCUAAAUGAUUAGUGGACAGAUCUCUUCUGGAAGCAGUUUAGAGCACAGUAAUGUGAGAAUAUCUGGAUGGCACUUUUGAUUUGUACAGUUGUAUCCUCCUCAAAAUCCAGUAAAGAAUGUUAUUUUUCUAGGCUGGGCUUUUGUUAUAAACUAAAAUAUUCAGAAGGCAAGAGAUACAAUCCAAAUGUGGGUUUUUUUCUUUUCUUUUCUUUUUGGCUUUUGUUAAUUCUGAAUGUAUUUUUAACAAAAGUGAUUUUUUUGACUUACUAGUGUAAUUUGCAUUUUAAAAAAAAUAAAUGGAAAAAAUAUAGGUUUCCAAGCUAUUCAUGGCCCCCUGCUGCUAUUCACAACUUACGGGAAACUUAGAAUUACUGUUACCAGCUGAGCAACAAUGCAGGAUAAAUAAUCCUAUUACAUUUACAUGAUGACAAUCCUGAUCUGUGCAGUGCAUGGAUGUGACAGCACUGAAUAGAAAUUGCCAGGUCAUGACACCAUUUUAACACUGUCAUAUGUAGCAGGUAUUUUCAUUAUCACUGACACUAAAAGGUUUCCUUUACAAGGUUGACUGCAACAGACUCUUCACUUAGGAAGCAGGGCUGGUUUUGUGCACUCAUCAGGAAUUUUAAGCCUAUGAUAGGUAUACAGUGGCCAACAGUGUUAAGUAUUACAAAAGUAAUCCUUUUUAAGAAGGAGCUAUGUAACAUGGAUAUUUCCACUGCAUUAAUAUUCUUUUAUAUGCCAUUUAUUGUCCCUACUCUGAAAUGAAGAAAUAUUGUGAAAUGUUUAUAGAGUUCACACAUAUAUGCCUGAGGUCAUUUAAUAAAGAUGGAGCAGAACAGUAUACAUUUUGAGAUAGUCGGUCAUACUGUCUUAAGUCCUUAGAAAGAGAGUGUAUUAAUUAAUGUCAUUAGGAUUUUUUAGGCCUUCAUUAUAGUGCAAGUGAUACUUUUCAUUCAGGUAAGGAGAAAAGAUUUGUGCUCCAUUUGCUUAAUUUAAGUUUGCAAUACUGUACUGCUGCACAGAAUUUUGGCAAAGUCUAGCACAGUAUGUAUUGAUUCCUGGAUGUCUCCAAAUAAGAAUGGCUAUUAACUCAGUGUCUGAAGGUUUUGAUCACUUGCACGCUUACCUUCUGUUUAAGCACAUUGAUAGUAGCCAGAGCAAAACUCCAUACACCAUGGACCCUUCCAGCCUGUAAUAUUUUCAUUGUCAGUCCUCUGUUCUAUUUUUAAAUGCAAAUGCUCAAAGGGUGAGGA